AUGCUGCGACGACCUCCGGGUGAGGGACGUCGAUCCCCACAGCAUGGACUCUUCAUCGCCUUUGCUAUUAUCAUUUUGCCCUGGCUACUUGUCGAUGCUCAGCAGCAGUACCGACCCGUGGCCGGCGUUGUAAGCCAAUGGGCUGCCACGCCUAUUGACGCGAUCAAGGCUAGUAGCGAGACUGUCAGAGACGUAAAGCGACCUUUGAAGCAACGACAGUCCCAGCCCCAGUCUCAGCAGCAACAAAAGAACGAACGAAAGAGAGAAUACGAAAACAUCAAAAUCCCUGACGAUGCGAGCGCCCUCGCAACUUUGGCUCCGGACCAGUCCGUAAGAGCACCAAACCCUUCACGACAGCGGUCUAGCAGUCCUCUUGCUUAUGGGCUUGCUUCGCCGCAGACUGCCCGGCGUAGUCUGAAGGACUGGGAAGUAGAAGACUUUGUGCUUCUGGCGACCGUCGAUGGAGACCUAUAUGCCAACGACCGACGAACUGGAAAAGAACGUUGGCAUCUCGAAGUCGAACAUUCCAUGGUAGAAACCAAACAUUACCGCUUGGAGGAAUCUACCCUCAACGAAAACUACCAUCCAAUCGAUCAUUACGUAUGGGCAGUCGAGCCCAACCGGGAUGGCGGGAUAUACUUGUGGAUUCCGGAUUCUGACCAUGGCUUUAUCAAGACUGGGUUUACCAUGAAAAAGCUAGUUGAAGAAGUAAGCCCCUAUGCUGAUAGCCACCAUCCCAUUGUCUAUACUGGCGACAAGAAGACGACAAUGAUGACACUCGAUGCCGCUACCGGACGAGUCCUGAAAUGGCUCAGCUCCACUGGUUCCCACGUUUACGAAGCUGAGAGCUGCGCUCGUCCGGAUACUCUGUAUGAUGCAGAGAACUUGGAGUGUAGCUCUACUGGCACCAUCGCUCUGAGUAGAACCGAGUACACUGUUAGCAUUCAUCGACGCGAUAAUGGCCUUCCUGUUGCCACCCUCAAGUAUUCUGAGUGGAGUCCCAACAAUCGUGACAGCGACCUUUUCGAGCAACAUCACUCUUCUCUUGACAAGAAGUACAUCACAAGCCAACAUGACGGCAAGGUCUAUGCGUUUGACUACGCAAGGUCCGGAAAAGCAGAGCCCCUGUUCAGCGAACAUUUUGCCGCACCUGUAGCGCGAGUAUUUGAUGUAUGCCGGCCAGGAGAUGCCACAUCCGAAAGCAAUCCCGAUCUUGUUGCUCUCCCCCAGCCACCAAUGCCACCGCAAGACGAGACACACGAUCGCCUGCGCAGCAACAGUAUCUUCCUCAACCAGACUCGAACAGGAGAUUGGUAUGUCAUGUCUGGGCGUUCAUAUCCUCUUAUUAUACAUGCCCCUGUUGCUCAAAUCUCUCGCCCUGAGUGGUGGGACAAAUCCCCUCCCGCCUGGGACACUAUCAGCCACACCAAGAUGUCGAAGGUUUUAGUUGGCACCCAUUUCCUCAACAAUGAUAACAAGAGAGGAGGACCACAUAUCCCCAGUUUACCUGCGGAAUCGAUUGAGGCACCAAGGGACUAUGAUAUGUAUAAUGCACACGAGGAUACCGAGAACAACGUUGAGUCCCCCGCGGAAGUAGACUUAUACGACGAUUCCAUCUUUAACCUUAAGGCAAUACCUGGCAAGGCCGCGAGAACCAUUCAGGAUUUCUUCACCAACCCUAUGAUGAUUAUCAUAUUUUUCACAGUGUUGUACUUCAACCAGCAAAACCUUCGUCAACACCUGCAGCACGUCAAACGGAAGGGCAUUUGGAACGAACUGCAGAGCAUUUUAGGUCUUACAGGAGCUAGCCCUUUCGAAGAUUUGGAUGAUGGCGAGAGCACAGACGCUGAAGGCAACCUUGAUUACACACUCAGACAGGACUCGGAAGGAAGCAAGGGAAUGGACGAGAAGCCCACACAGAAUGCAAAAGAACCCCCAGUACCUGUCCCCGAGUCAUCAAUAUUGGAGCCUGAUGCAUCCCCACAGAAACUUGACAAUGAGGCGGAGUUGAGUGACAGGGAAGCGACACCUAAACCCAUGGAACUGGCUGGUAGAGCCAAGCCAGAAGCACCCACCAAGACAUCGAUCGAUCCCAGCACCCCUCAAUCCCAGGCAAAGACUGUAUCAAACAACGCUGGUCAGAAUGGUAUGCCUUCAGAGAAGAAGAAAAAGGCACACAGAGGGCGGCGUGGAGGUGUCAAGCAUCGAAAGGGCCGUGCUCAAGAUGCGUCUCUGUCUCGUGGCGAUGAUCCUCCAAUGGGUACUGUUGAGGACGCCGUGAACAACGCCAAGAAGCUAGGAGAAAGACCAAACCUCGAGCCUGAUGUCAUGACCAUACACAGUGACAUGCAGUCCGUGACAGGUACUGCCCUUGUUAUAGGAAAUAUCACGGUGCAUCCGGACGAGCAACUGGGCACGGGCAGCAAUGGCACCUUGGUUUUUGCUGGCAAAUUCGAUGACAGAGAUGUGGCUGUCAAGCGCAUGCUAGUACAGUUUUAUGACAUCGCCUCUCAAGAGACUAAGCUUCUGCGAGAAAGUGAUGAUCAUCCAAAUGUUAUUCGAUAUUACGCACAGCAGACACUGGGCGGCUUCUUAUACAUUGCACUAGAGCGUUGCGCUGCAUCGUUGGCUGAUGUUAUUGAGAGGCCUAACCAUUUCCGGGAUCUUGCCGAUGCAGGCAGACAAGAUAUACCCGACAUUCUCUUCCAGAUUGCCAAUGGUGUCAAGCACUUGCACUAUCUCCGAAUCGUUCACCGGGACCUCAAGCCCCAGAACAUCCUGGUCAGCAGAGACAGCAACGGAAAGCCAAGAAUGUUGGUCUCGGAUUUUGGACUGUGCAAAAAGCUAGAAAGUGACCAAUCAUCUUUUGGCGCUACUACCGGCCGCGCAGCUGGCACAACCGGUUGGCGUGCCCCAGAGCUUCUCCUUGGCGAUGAAGUUAGAGAAGUCUCGAUGGUAGAGGCCAGUACACAAAGCGGCUCUGGCUCGGUUCUGGCGGACGACAGCACAGCGUCUAGACGACGUGCUACACGAUCCAUUGAUAUCUUUUCUCUUGGACUGGUCUUCUUCUACGUCUUGACCAACGGAUCGCACCCCUUUGACUGCGGAGAUCGAUACAUGAGAGAAGUCAAUAUCCGAAAGGGACAAUACGACCUUGACCUCCUUGACUCUCUUGGUGACUCAGCACACGAUGCCAAAGAUCUCAUAGCGAAAAUGAUCAGUCAACACCACAUAGAUCGCCCGGACGCGGAAGACGUCAUGAUUCACCCUUUCUUUUGGGCUCCCAAGAAGAAACUUGCGUUCUUGUGCGACAUGUCAGAUCAUUUUGAAAAGGAGCCGAGGGAUCCGCCGUCGGAAGCACUAGCUGAGCUCGAGAGCUACGCAAAGGAUGUGAUUAACAACGACUUCCUGAAAGCCUUGCCGCGAGACUUUGUUCAUUCUCUUGAGCAGCAGCGCAAAUACACGGGUUCCCGUGUGCUCGAUUUGCUCCGAGCGAUAAGGAAUAAAAGGAAUCAUUACGAAGAUAUGUCAGACGCGCUCAAAAGGACCGUAGGCGCCUUCCCUGAAGGAUACACCUCGUUUUGGACCCUUCGAUUCCCUAAUCUCCUGAUUUCUUGCUGGACUGUCAUAAAGGCUCUUGAAUUGCACGAAACAGACCGGUUUCGCGAAUAUUACAAUAAAAAUGACUUGGAGAGGUUUAGGUAG